AUAGCUAGUUGAUUUAGAUGACAAAUGGAGAGAUUAGCGUAUGUUGUGCACAGUUGUCGCAGUCAACGGUCAACCGGGGAAGGGUUGCCAUGACAACGUGCGUCACUGCUGGAAGAAACGCCCAUCGUACUUCCGUAAAGUUCAGUAGUGCGGCAGAGUUACUGUGAGUUACAGUACGCUAUCCAAGUACAUUUGAGGGGUUUGUUUUUUUGGACUCACGGAAGUUUUACCAUUUUAUUUUAUUUUUUUAAAAAUGAGUGAAAUCAAAGCAGAAGAAAAAGCAGCUGCUGAAAACAGCGGAGAACAAGACUGGGAAGCAGCUAAAGCUGUUUUUGAUACCUUGAAAACAAAAGUACCGAGGCCGCCCAAACCCCAGAAUGCUGUAACCAUCGCCGUCUCUUCUCGCACCCUCUUCAACAUGGUGGCAGAGAGGAAACUCUACGAGGACGAAGGGCUGGAGAAGUAUGUCGCUUUCCAGGUGGAACAUGAAAACGAACCAAUGAAGCCAGGCCCUGCCUUCCCCUUCGUCAAGGCUCUCAUGAAUGUCAACACUCGACUGAGGGAGCUUUACCCCGACAGCGAGGAGCUGUUUGACAUCGUCUUGAUGACUAACAAUCAUGCUCAAGUCGGCGUGCGCCUCAUUAACAGCAUUAAUCACUAUGGUUUGACCAUAGAGAGAUUCUGUAUGACCGGAGGGAAAAGUCCUAUAGGUUACCUGAAGGCCUACUUGACAAACCUUUACCUCUCAAAAGAUUCAGAGAAAGUUACAGAUGCCAUAGAAGAAGGAAUUGCUGCAGCUACCAUGUUUAUGCCAGAAAAGGAGAGCAAUUUGAGCAGCACUCAGCUGAGAGUGGCGUUUGAUGGCGACGCCGUCCUCUUCUCAGACGAGUCAGAAAUCAUUGUGAAGCAGCACGGCCUCGACACUUUCUUUGAACAUGAGAAAGAGUUUGAGAACAAACCCUUGGCUCAGGGUCCUUUAAAGUGUUUCCUGGAGGCCCUCGGGAAGCUCCAGAGAAAGUUUUAUGCCAAGAAUGAGCGUAUGAACUGCCCGAUCAGAACCUUCCUGGUGACGGCCCGCAGUGCAGCCAGCUCCGGCGCUCGUGUCCUCAAGACUCUCCGCAGCUGGGGCCUGGAGAUUGACGAGGCCCUCUUCCUGGCCGGGGCUCCCAAGGGGCCCCUGUUGGAGAAGAUCAGACCUCACAUCUUCUUCGACGACCAGAUGUUCCACAUUGAGGGGGCCAAGGAACUGGGAACCAUAUCGGCGCAUGUCCCUUAUGGAAUCGGACAGAAGUACAACAAGGGGAAACUCAUCGAGCAGCCCAAAAAAAAGUAAUAAUCUGCAAGUGAAAUAAGCACUACAAUGUACAGGGAUUGGACAAUGAAACUGAAACACCUGGUUUUAGACCACAAUAAUUUAUUAGUAUGGUGUAGGGCCUCCUUUUGCGGCCAAUACAGCGUCAAUUCGUUUUGGGAAUGACAUAUACAAGUCCUGCACAGUGGUCAGAGGGAUUUUAAGCCAUUCUUCUUGCAGGAUAGUGGCCAGGUCACGACGUGAUACUGGUGGAGGAAAACGUUUCCUGACUCGCUCCUCCAGAACAACCCAAAAUGGCUUGAUAAUAUUUAGAUUUGGUGACUGUGCAGGCCAUGGGAGAUGUUCAACUUCACUUUCAUGUUCAUCCAACCAAUCUUUCACCAGUCUUACUGUGUGUAUUGGUGCAUUGUCAUCCUGAUACACAGC